GGGGACUUCAGGGGUAGCUCUCGGUCCGUUCCUGAGAAGCAGCGGGGCUAUACGAUGCCGGAGCGGGCGGGGACAGCCACUGUCUUUUACAGCAGCUGCGGAGUUUAAUCGAAACAAAAGCUGCUGCGGAUUUUAAUAAGGGGUUCUUCUUUGUUAUUUUCCAUUAAAACCAACAGCUUGAAGGUCAGGACAGUUAUUUAAAAGAAUAGACAAAUGAUGCCUUUCAAGAUUUGCUGACGAUUCCCAUCUAGCCAGGAGCACAGUGUACUCGCGCGCUUCGCUCAUUCUUAGGGAACCUACCUCGGAGCUUGCGAUCAGCGCUCUACAGUGCUGUUGCAUCAACAAGGAGAAGGGAUUGGCUUCUAAAAGACAUGGCUUAUCUUGCCACACACACACGUGAAGAACUGCUGUAAUUUAUUUACCCAGAAGCGACUCUUCUCAGCAUGGUCCGUUCUGGCUGAUAGCUGGCACAGAGGAUGCGAUUAGUAGCCUAACGAAGCACCCUUGAGCAUUUCUCACUCUUUUACCAUACGCCGAUAAAGUUGAAAUUUGUUAUAAACGAUUUGGUCAGGAAAGGGCGAGGUGGAGAGAUUCAACAUGUCAACUCCAACCAGAUUUAAAAAGGACAAAGAAAUCAUCGCCGAGUACGAAAGUCAAGUGAAAGAGAUCCGAGCCCAACUAGUGGAACAGCAAAAAUGUAUGGAGCAGCAGACAGAGAUGAGAGUUCAGCUUCUGCAGGACCUGCAAGAUUUCUUCCGUAAAAAGUCAGAAAUUGAAAUGGAAUAUUCACGAAAUCUGGAGAAGCUGGCUGAAAGGUUCAUGGCCAAGACUCGGAGCACUAAAGACCAUCAGCAAUAUAAAAAAGACCAAAAUCUGUUGUCUCCUGUCAACUGUUGGUAUUUACUACUGAAUCAAGUGAGACGAGAAAGCAAGGACCAUGCUACACUUAGUGACAUCUACUUAAACAAUGUCAUCAUGCGCUUCAUGCAGAUCAGUGAAGAUUCCACCAGGCUCUUUAAAAAGAGCAAAGAAAUUGCUUUCCAGUUACAAGAAGAUUUGAUGAAGGUUCUCAAUGAACUUUACACAGUCAUGAAAACCUACCAUAUGUACCACACAGAAAGUGUGAGUGCAGAGUACAAACUGAAAGAGGCAGAAAAACAAGAGGAGAAGCAAAUUGGAAGGUCAGGAGACCCCGUUUUCAAUAUUCGCUUGGAGGAUAAACACCAAAGACGAAGCUCUGUAAAGAAAAUUGAAAAGAUGAAGGAAAAGCGUCAAGCUAAAUAUUGUGAAAACAAGUUGAAAUCUAUCAAAGCCAGGAAUGAAUAUCUGUUGACUUUGGAGGCAACAAAUGCCUCAGUUUUCAAAUUUUACAUUCACGACCUGUCAGAUUUAAUUGAUUGCUGUGAUUUAGGAUAUCAUGCCAGUCUCAACAGAGCUCUUCGGACAUAUCUGUCAGCAGAAUAUAACUUGGAGACAUCAAGACAUGAAGGCUUAGAUAUUAUUGAAAAUGCUGUUGACAAUUUAGACCCCCGUAGUGAUCGACAAAGAUUUAUGGAAAUGUAUCCUACUGCUUUUUGCCCUCCUGCUAAAUUUGAAUUUCAGUCACACAUGGGAGAUGAGGUUUGUCAAGUCAGUGCCCAACAGCCUCUCCAAGCAGAGCUUAUAUUAAGAUUCCAGCAGCUGCAAUCUCGAUUGACAACACUGAAAAUUGAGAAUGAAGAGAUCAAGAAAACCACAGAAGCAACUCUUCAGACAAUACAAGACAUGGUGACCAUUGAAGACUAUGAUGUCUCUGAAUGUUUUCAACAUAGUCGUUCCACUGAGUCUGUUAAAUCAACAGUAUCUGAAACAUACCUCAGCAAACCUAGCAUUGCAAAGAGAAGAGCUAACCAGCAAGAAACGGAGCAGUUUUAUUUUAUGAAAUUUAGAGAAUUUCUUGAAGGGAGCAAUCUCAUCACAAAACUGCAAGCAAAGCAUGACUUAUUAAAAAGAACACUUGGAGAAGGUCAUAGAGCAGAAUAUAUGACAACCAGCCGAGGAAGAAGGAACUCACAUGCAAGACACCAGGAUUCAGGGCAGGCUAUUCCACUGGUUGUUGAGAGCUGUAUUCGAUUCAUCAAUCUGUAUGGUUUGCAGCAUCAAGGGAUUUUCAGAGUUUCAGGGUCACAAGUAGAAGUUAAUGAUAUUAAAAAUUCAUUUGAGAGAGGAAAUGAUCCUUUGGCAGAUGAAGAAAAUAAUCACGAUAUUAAUUCAGUUGCUGGAGUUCUGAAACUAUAUUUCAGAGGCCUGGAAAACUCACUCUUUCCCAAGGAAAGGUUUAAUGACCUCAUUUCUUGUAUCAGAAUAGAUAAUCUCUAUGAGAGGGCUCUCUAUUUGCGCAAAAUCUUACUAACAUUUCCAAGAUCAGUCCUAAUAGUGAUGAGAUAUCUUUUUGCCUUCUUAAACCACUUAUCACAGUACAGUGAUGAAAACAUGAUGGAUCCCUAUAACCUAGCUAUUUGCUUUGGUCCCACAUUAAUGCCUGUGCCAGACAUACAGGACCAAGUUUCUUGUCAAGCACAUGUUAAUGAGAUAAUUAAAACCAUCAUAAUACACAAUGAGGUCAUUUUCCCGGAUGCCAAGGAGUUAGAGGGCCCCGUAUAUGAGAAGUGCAUGGCUAGUGAUGAUUAUUGUGAUAGUCCCUAUAGUGAACAUGGCACUUUGGAAGAAGUUGAUCAAGACAUGGGGACAGAACUGCAUACAAGUGAAGAUGAAUGUGAACCAAUUGAAGCAAUAGCCAAAUUUGACUACGCAGGUCGGUCUGCUCGGGAACUGUCCUUCAAGAAAGGAGCGUCCCUUCUCCUCUAUCACAGAGCUUCUGAUGACUGGUGGGAAGGUCGUCAUAAUGGAAUUGAUGGAUUAGUCCCUCAUCAGUACAUCGUGGUUCAAGACACUGAUGAUACAUUUUCAGACACAUUGAGUCAGAAAACUGAUAGUGAAGCAAGCAGUGGACCAGCAGCUGAAGACAAGUGCUCCUCCAAAGACAUCAGCUCUCCGACAGACAGACAUCAGGACUCUUUCGUAAACAGGCACAGAAAGCGGACAGACCCUCCUUCAGCCCGCCGUUCCUCAGGUCGCUCAAAUGAUGGUCACUGUAUAAUCCAUCCACCUCAUACACUGGUCAGUACUCCACUGGAACUAAGUUCACCGAGCAAUGGUAAUCAAGGAAACCACUUCAGCCCACGGAUUCUGUUACAGACCCGUAACUUAGUAAUGGACAGCCCAGAAAGAAGGCGCCGUGCAGGUCAUGGCAGUGUGACCAGUAUUAACCGCCAUGAGUCUUUGAAGAAAAUGGAGAGCCCUCCUAUCCGUAGGUCCACCUCAUCAGGCCAAUAUACUGGCUUCAGCGAGCAUCACAAACCACUAGAUCCUGAGACUAUUGCCCAGGAUAUCGAAGAGACCAUGAAUACAGCUCUGAAUGAGCUGCGUGAGCUGGAGUUGCAGAGCACCGCCAAGCAUACUCCCGAUGUUGUUCUGGACACCUUGGAGCAGAUGAAGAACGCCCCCACCCCGGCAAGCUCUACUGAGUCCUUGAGUCCUCUUCACAAUAUCAUACUGAGGGGAAGUGAGCCCUCCAUGCGUCGCAGCACUAGCUCCACCAGUGACACCAUGAGCACCUUCAAGCCUAUGGUCGCCCCUCGAAUGGGAGUUCAGCUUAAGCCACCGACACUACGGCCAAAGCCGAUUGUUCUUCCCAAGACUAAUCCUGCACAUGGCCCUCCACCUCCUGCUCAAGGCUCCUCGGACAAAUCUUGCACGAUGUGAGCAGGACCACGUAAUAAGAAUGUGGACAGAUAAAUGAAUAAGUAACCAAGAGGUCCAUUGUUUGGUCGUAUGUUAAAAAGACCUUAAAUAUUGAUAGUAAAAUGUGUUUGCAAGCUGGCAGUGUAUUUUUCAGUGUCUAGAAACUCAGUGUAUCAAGUUAUAAACAAAUUAACAAAGGGCAUUUAUACUUUUUUUCCAAUGAAAACUGGACUUAACGUAACUUGUAUGUUUGUAGAGGACAGUAAGCUAACCAGGACUACAUGGAAGACGUAUCAUAUGCCGUACUGCUAACAUUUACGAAGAACAGGGGACAAGCGACACGAUCACAGUCACUGGUCAGUUAGCUUGCAGGAAAAAAAAAACAAAAACCAACUUGUGGGCAGAUAUUUGCAGGAGUUUACUGGACACUUGCAGAAGGAUUGCAAGUCCAUCUUUAAAUGUUAACGUUUCAUUCUGGGGACCUCACUACUUGUAAAUCGGCCUUGGAAAAUACAAACCACUUUUUGACUGCUCCCUCAGCUUUUUCGUGUCUUUUGCUUGUAGAAACCUCGGUUAGGUCUGCUUGACCAUACCGAUUGUGUUUCUCCACAACUUGGGGAAUUUAUUCUUGAAAUAAUCUCAAUAGGAUGGUACAGUAGCUCGACUCGGCCCAAGUACACAGCACAUUUACUGCACUUAAGGUUAAGAGUGACGCAACAAAACGAAAGGUGCACUUGGUGAAAGUCCUGCUGUGUUUCCUAACGUUCCUUAGGUUUUGGUACAUUUCUCUGUCCAUCUCUAAUAUCGUUGGGGGAAUUCUGAAAACAACGAUUCAUAUGGUAGCCAUCGACUUUGUGACUGUUACUUGCAGUGUCAUUUAUGAUGACCGUAGAUCAUUAUUACAAUUUUAAGUUUCCAAAGCACUCUGCACCAUUUCAAUGUCUGUUUUUGUUCUGGAUGUACAGAUGUUAUUAUACGUUUUCAUGCAGAAAACCGCUCUCCAUAAUGCCUCAAUUGCAUUUCGAGAAUGGGAAAGGAGGACAUUUGCCUUCUUCUGCAUGCUCUGCUACUUUCCACUGAAGGAUGGUUUUUGGUUAGGAAUCACUCAAAUGACCAUUGGAGCUGUCUGUAUUGUGCAGGCGACAUGCUGUGAAGAGUCGUACCAGCGCCAACGUGACAAUUGCAACUUCUUGAGAGGUGCACUGAGACACAGCAGUAGUGUGGUCUUGAUCUUGAGACCCUUAUGCUGCUGUGUGGUUUCAUCUGUAUGCCACUAUUUUAGAACACUGCCACUGCCUGAGAAGCUAUACUCCACGUGAGUCUUGAGCCCUGACCGCAUAUCCAGUCCGGUCAUUUCCCGUCUGAUUAAUGUGGUAGAGGAACACAAAGGGGACUCAUCUACAGUCGCAAACUGGAAGUUCAUGUGAUGCUCCGUCGUCACAUGCGUUUUGCACAGCUAACCUGCCAAAACGUUUAGAACCCGUCACAUACACGCCUAGACCAAGUGAAUGGAGAGGGAGCGUUUACUGCAGAAAUAGUGAGUUGCUAAACAGACAACAGCGGUCUGUACGGAUUGAGUAGGUGGGGGCGCACCAUGCAUCCAUCCCGCUGUGCACUCACACAAGCAAAGAGUUCAAAGAGUUGAGCUUCAUGUUUAGUCUGCGAAUGACAUAAACGGCCUUUGUAGAUCAAACCAGUUAUUUAUGUUUAGUGACUAAUGCUGGAUUGAAAAACGCUUAUAUAAGCUUCUGUUUACAGAUGAUAAGAAUUGUUAGAAACAAUAUUUUAGCGAAUGACCUUUAGGUGCAUUCCUGUAAGUAGUAGUUUGAUGGUUUAUAUAUAACUAUAUAUAUAAAUAUAUAUAUAUAUAUAAAUAUAUUACAAUAAAAAGUACAGUGGAAAAAGUCAAUGUAACAGCGAGGACUGACCCAGCGACAUCCGUGCUAAGCCUCUUCUCCUGUGCUGAUAGAAUUAAAUCAGUGUUGUCCUUUUCCUGUCAUUUGGGUAAAUUGCAUUACUGCUGGUUUCCUCAUUUUCGACUGUUACUUUCUUCAGUCCGUCGAUGUGCAUCUGCAUGAUGUACACGUGAAAGUGCCUUUACAGUUUUAAGUGAACUUUGGACUCAUGCUGUACUGUUACACUGGCAUAUGUCACAGGCAAGAUAGACCAACACCCAAAUGUAACACACUUCGGGAUUAUGUACUGUUAAUCCAUUGUGACAUUGCACUUUUUAUGUAUAGUACUGUACAUGUUGGCAUGUAGCAUUUAAGCAAAACAAAGGUCAGUACAUUUUCAGGUUUGUUCAUCUUCGUGUAUCUUUAUAAUAAAGGAAAUGACUCUGCCAA